AUGGCUUCCUACGAUCAACUUGAGCAAUCUCAGAAAGCGCCUAACCCUCCAGUUUCAGAUAUGUCUCCACAGAGCCUACUAGCGAACGCCUUCUGCAAAAGCAACGAUGAGGAAGGACCUCACUUCCCGGCUCCCGAGAUGAUUCUGCAAAACCCGCCGACGGUUUCCCGCGAGGGUCCGUCGAAUAGCGCUAAGAUUCCGCCGACGGUUUCCCGCGACAAAAGCCCGUCGGGUGGCGUUAAUCCGCACCAUUUGGUGGCUAUGGCAGCUCAUGCAAUUGGGUCAUCCAUCCGCCCCGGGACUGACAGAGGGCACGGAUCAGUCGGUGAUCUUGCAUCAUGGAAUGACCCCGGUGGGAUCAUUAGCGGCUUGGACCGUGCUACAAACGAUGUAACGGCAGCUACGUAUUUCGGCUAG